CCCGGGCUGCGGGCGCCGACGGGAGUUCGUCCGGGGCCGCCAGCUCCAAGGCCGGGCUAUGCCGCGCCGCGCGCCUCUCGGGGCCCGGCAGCCGCAGCCGCAGCCGCAGCCCGCCUGACCGCGGAGCGAGGGGACGCGAGAGCGCACAGCCGCGGGCCCGGGGGGCGGCCGGCCAGGGGCGCCGGUCCCGCUCCAGGUGCCCGGGGCGGCAGACGCCCCGCCCGGCCCCCGAGCCCAGCCGGCAGCGCCUUCCCCGGGGCUCACUGCGCGGCGGCCGCUCCGCGCUCCGGGCUGCGGCCGCCCCAUGGCGCCCCCCGGCCGCUGAGUGGCGGCCCGCGCCCGGCCGGCAGGAUGGCAGCGCUGGAGCGCGCGCUGCUCGCGGCCCGCCAGGGCGACGUGGACACGCUGAGGGCGCUGCGGGCCGAGGGGCUGCUGCGGCCCGGGCUCCGGGACCCGCUGGGCGCCUCGCCCGCGCACCACGCCGCCCGCGCCGGCAAGCUCAACUGCCUGCGCUACCUGGUGGAGGAGGCGGCGCUGCGCGGCGACGCCCGCGCCCGCAACGGGGCCACCGCGGCGCACGACGCGGCCGCCACCGGCAACCUGGCCUGUCUGCAGUGGCUGCUCGCCCAGGGAGGCUGCGGAGUUCAGGACACAGACAGUUCUGGUGCCACUGUCCUGCACCUCGCAGCCCGCUUUGGUCACCACGAAGUAAUAGACUGGCUGCUGCGCUUUGGAGGCAGCGACACCCUGGCAGCCACAGACACAGGAGCCUUGCCUGUUCACUAUGCUGCAGCCAAAGGAGACUUCCCUUCACUGCGACUUCUCCUGGGACACUCUCCAAGCACGGUUAGUGCACAGACCAAGAAUGGUGCCACACCCCUCUACCUAGCCUGCCAGGAAGGCCACCUGGAGACUGUCCAGUACUUGGUGAAGGACUGCGCGGCUGAUCCCCACACACGCGCCAAUGAUGGGAUGACCCCCCUGCAUGCUGCCGCCCAGAUGGGCCACAACACGGUCAUCGUCUGGCUGAUGAGCUUCACGGACAUCAGCCUCUCGGAGCAGGAUGACGAUGGUGCCACUGCCAUGCACUUCGCGGCCAGCCGUGGCCAUGCCAAAGUGCUGAGCUGGCUCCUACUGCAUGGGGGCGAGAUCUGCACCGACGCCUGGGGUGGCACGCCCUUGCAUGAUGCAGCUGAGAAUGGGGAGCUGGAGUGCUGCCAGAUCCUCGUUGUGAAUGGCGUUAACCUGGGGGUGCGGGACCAUGAUGGCUAUACAGCUGCCGAUCUCGCUGACUACAAUGGGCACAACCACUGUGCCAAGUACCUCCGCACUGUUGAGAACAUGAGCAUGGAGCACCGCGUCCUGUCCCGUGACCCCUCUGCUGAUCUGGAGCUCAAGCAGCCUGACUCAGGCAUGUCAUCACCCAACACCACUAUGUCGGCUCAGCAGGCUCACUUUGACAUCGGGUCACCCACCAGCACCUUGUCCAACUAUGACUCCUGCAACUCCAGCCAGUCCAGCACGGGCGAGAAGCGUGGCUGCCAGCAUGCCAGCCAAGGCACCAGGAUUGCCACGACAACCAUCACAGACAUGCAGACGUACAUGGACAUGCUCAACCCUGAGAUCCGGCCGGGUGCAGACAAGAAGUUGAGCGAGGCAUCCCCACCCCCUCCCCCUCCUCCACCCCCUCCCCCCAGCUUCCCACCACCUCCCCCACCCCUACUUGCCAGGCUGCCCCCCCCACCCCCCAGCUACCCCGCGCCGAGCCCCCCUGAGGCCCAGCACACGGCAGAGAUCUACGUGCAGAUGAAGAACAACCUGCGCCACGUGGAGAGUGAGGUGCUGAAGAAAGAGCUGACCUCCCGAGACAACAGCCCCGAAGGCCUGAGGCGAGUCGACUCCAGCAGGAGGUCAAGGAACUUCAGCAAGCAGCCCAGCACAGGAGACUACUACAAGCACCUGGGCAGCAGUGCGGGGGAGCCCCCCAGCACCCAGGCCAUGGCGCACAGUGAAGAGGCCUCUCUGCUCUCCAACAACAACAUGCACAAUGGGAGCUCGGUGGAGAACAAGUCUGUGGGGGAGCUGCCUACCCCACCCCCACCCCCGCCACUCCCCGAGAGCGUCUGCCCCCCACCCCCACCCCCGCCGCUGCCAACGGAGACUCAGGUGCCUGCUGCCAGCCAGCGCCGUGCGUCCUCCUCCACGGGAAGUACCAAGUCGUUCAACAUGAUGUCCCCCACUGGUGACAACUCUGAGCUCCUGGCUGAGAUCAAGGCAGGGAAGAGCCUCAAACCAACCCCACAGAGCAAAGGCUUCACCACAGUCUUCUCAGGCAGUGGCCAAGUGGGGGCCAAUAUGGAGAUGCCAGCCUCCUCCCCAUCUCCUGCUCAGACGCCAACCCCGCCAGCCACCCCAGAUACCACUGUCGGCUCCGCAACCACUGGAUCCCCUGAGCCAGUUGUCAAUGGCACCAUGGCACUCCCUGCCUCAGUUCAGAGCAACCAGGUGGAUGUAGAGGCCCUGAUCCCAACACAUGAUGAGCAGGGCCGGCCCAUCCCCGAGUGGAAGCGGCAGGUGAUGGUGCGCAAGCUGCAGAUGAAGAUUCAGGAGGAGGAGGAGCAGAAGCGGAAGCUGGAGACCGGGAAUUACUAUCCGCAGGAGUGCUGGAGAUACUCCCAUGCCCAUAAUGGGAUUCUGGGACCCUUUGGGCAGCUCAUGACGGAGGAGGACAUCCUGCGUAUUGAACGGCAGAUUGAGAAUCUCCAGGUGAUGCACAAGGUUCAGAAGGUGGAGAGCGAGCUGGAACAGCUGGAGCACGAGCUGCAGCAGCUGCUGCCUGUCUCAGCUGCCCUGGUGAAGGAGCACUUCACAGUGAACCCCAAGCGCAUGCAGGGCCGUGCCGAUGACCUCCCGGCCUGGUGUAGCAAGAUCUCAACCCUGCUGAAGAGCAUGGCCAUCCUGCUGGCGACACUUGGGGGCAAGGAGGUCCAGCUGGGUGACCUUUUGACUCCUGACCUGCCAGAGCCAGCACCCUGUGCUGCCAGCGUCCCACCCGAGGGGGCACCAACAAACAUUGGGCGGUCGCAGUCCUUCAGCUCAACCAGGGAGGAGGUAGAGAGGGAGAUCCUGCAGUGCGGCGUGUCAGUCAAGAACCUUAAGGCCAACUACGAGCUGUACACACAGUCCCUGGCACCCGACGACAUGUGCAGCAGUGGCAGCAGGGUGUACAAAAGGAAACGGUCCCUACCCGUGGGCACUGUGCCUUAUGGCUACAACCGCGAACCCAUUCUGGAGGAAGACUAUGUUACCAGCAGUGACCCCUUUGCCACUGUGAGUGAGGAGGUGGCCACCAAUGGCACAGAGCCAGCCCUGGGACUGGCCUAUGCUGAGGCAGAGCCCCCACUCUCCCAAGAGGUGGAGACACAAAAGGUGGCAACAGAUCCCUUUGCAGAGGCUUUGUUUAGUCCUGACCACCUGACACGGAGCCUGCCAGUGCAGACAGAGCUGAGCUGCGUGCAGGACUACAUUGACAUGCGCAAGGAGCGUAUUGUCUACCUCUUUCUGGAGCACUGGAGGAAGUGGACCUUCACUGAAUCAGUACGGCAGGCCCGCCCCAUACGGCAGGCAGCAGGGAAGCCACCCAGCGAGGAUGACCGGCUCCUGUACUUCAUGAAACAGCGACAGGUGGUGGGGAACCUGCUCUCACAGUGGCGGGACAUCAUCAGCCAGGUGCCCACACGGCAGAUCCGGCGCCUGAGCCGCACCAACAUGCUGUACUGGCCAGAGCACUUCCUGCCGCACGUAGGGGGUGCGCCCGUGCAUUAUGACAGCCUCUCGCUGGACCUCUUCAUGCUGGGCUACUUCCAGCUCCUCGAGAUGAACCUGACACGGGAGGAGCGCAAGUUCCGGCACCUGCUUUGCUAUGAGAUGUUCGACCGGCUGGGCAGUCACAACUGGGAGCUCAUCCGCAGCUUCCACAAGGCUGUGCUCGAGGAGGUAGAGGCUGGCCGGCGCGACUGGCUUGAUGGCUUUGAGGACCUCAAACAGGAGUUCUUUGGGGAUAGCCUGGGACUCAGGGGCACAGCUACUGCCCUGUCACAGUCACCAGCUGCAGCUCCGCCAGCCCCACCAGCCCCACCACCCCAUCAGGAAUCUGCUAGGGUCCUGGCCAGUGACACCCCACAGCCAGCCCCAAUCCCUAUGGACCCAGGCCGAGCCCCACUACCCAAAACCCGGAAGAACUCCGUCCAACUGGUGUCUGAGCUGGGGGAGUUUAGCAGCGAUGACAUCUGUCGUUACAUAGACCGUAGCUUCUCAUUCUGGAAAGAUAAGGAGGCAGAGAUGUUUGACAUCUGAAUGCUCUUGCGGGCCCCUAUGCAUGCUGCAGGAGGCGCGCUCACCCCCAGCCCCAGCAACUAGUGGGCCCCAAGCACUGGCCAUAGCCACUCCUCCACCACAGCCCCUGUGGAAGGGACAUGCCGCCCAUCAGCAUGGAGGGCAGCACUGUUGGAGAAGCAGGGGACAACCCUGUAUAUAGGCAAGAGGGUCUGGGCUCUGUCAACUCUCUGAGAUGACCUCUGCAGGCGGUGCAGAGAAACCAUGACAUGUGUCAUGUCUGGGGUAAGAGCUGUAGAACAGAGACCUGCGAGGGCUCCAGUCCCCAGUUGCACCUCACUGGGAAGGUGUUGGCCAUGCAGACAGGGGGCUCUGAGCAGAAGCAAGUCAGCACAGUACCAGAGGGACUCCUGUCCUCGUCUUCGUCAUGCAGGAGCCUCAGACACAGCAACUCCACUAAAGGCUGCAACCAUUUUGCCUGGGCGAGAACUGCAGCCACCAUCCCAGAGUCCUUGUGAGGCUGGAAUCACACUGUUCCUCUGUCUAGACAACAGCCCCUCAAGGCACUGAUGGGCACAGCUGUCUGAGGAUUGUUGAGCAUGCACCAGGCUCCAGGGGCAUUCAGAUAUCAGCCUGCCUUCUCCUUUCCUGCACAAGCUGCGGAAGGCCGUGAUCCCCUAUGACCAUGGGAAUCCCAUUGUGUUUCCAGCAUGCUCCAUCUUGCAGAUGCCACUGGGCUUCUGCUGCUGGGGAGGAGGUGCUGUGGAACCACGCAGCACAGCAAGCAUCUCCCAGCCAUCCUCAGCCAGUGCAAAAGCACAUCAUAACCACGGCCUCAUUAACCCAGUUUCCAGACCCAGCACCGGCUUGAUUUUACUACUUGGUCUCCAGGCACUGGGUUCUGGUUCCAGCAGGCUACUCCAGACCUUCUCUUCCAGCCCUGUGGAAAAUUCCCUUUUGCAUUGUGUACUUCCCCACCACAGACCUGCUUGAACCUUUAACGAUUGCAAAGUGUGUUGCGUGCUCUACCCGUACCUGUAGCAGAGACACAAGUCUGGCUCCUUGUACAUAGGUUUGGGAGUGAGGUGUGCUGUGCAGCAGGCUGUGUGUGCAUGUGUCUUGCAGCUUCUGUAAGGAUUAGUGCUACUGUUAAAUAAUAAAGCGCUCUGCUCUGGGAAGGGAGCACAUGUCUUUUGCUUUG